AUGAGCGCAAAAGGCGAGCUCCCUCAAAUUCUGACUACUCUUCUGAUGAUGAGGAGGAUUAAGACUAUAGGCAAAGGUCAAGAACUCCCCUCCAGUGAAUCUUUCUCGUAUGACGAAGAUUACUGCUGUAGUCGCAAAAACAACAAUUUAUCUUUGAGAGGCCUGGUAAAUGAUGCUAUGAAUAAAACGCUUAACCAAGUUUCUAAAUCACCCUUCACCCACAAGAUUGAGGAAGGAAGAUUUCCUCGGCGGUUCACUCAACCCACUUUCACCUUGUAUAAUGGCAGAACAGACCCUGUUGAACAUGUUAGCCACUUUAAUCAAAAAAUGACGGUACAUUCUAAGAACAAAGUCUUGAUGUGCAAGGUUUUUCCGUCCAGUUUGGGGCCUGUGGCGAUGAUGUGGUUUGAUGGUCUGAGGGCAGGAUCCAUCAGUUCCUUUAAGGAACUCACCCAAACGUUCGGGUCCCGUUUUAUUACGUGCAGUAGAGUGCCUCGGCUUUUGGCUUCUUUGCUAUCUCUAUCCAUGAGAGAGGGUGAAACUCUAAAAACAUACUCGGACCGAUAUUGGGAGAUGUUCAAUGAGAUAGAAGGUGAUUUUAAGGACGUGACCAUCAGUACUUUCAAGCUUGGCUUGCCUGUAGGGCACGGUCUAAGGAAGCCUUUGACGGGGAAACCUAUCACCAGUAUUCGUCAAUUAAUGGAUCAAAUUGACAAGUAUAAGAAGGUUAAGGAGGACCAGCUGCAAGAUAAGGGGAAAGGCAAGGUUAUCCCUCAGGAGAGGAGGGAUUUCAGGUCGGAAUGUUACAACAAUAACAAACCCCGACGAGAUUUUGCCGGACAAUCUGGAUUUGCAGCCCCACAAGUAGUAAACACCGUGUUUCAAGAACCAGUGCAUCAAGUUUUGGAGAAGAUCAAGAACAAGCCGUAUUUUAAAUGGCCAAACAAGAUGAGUGGAGAUCCUUUAAGGCGUAAUCAAAGCCUCCAUUGCCAGUAUCAUCAGGACCGAGGAUAUACCACUGAAGAUUGUCGAACAUUGUGGAACCAUCUGGAACAAUUGGUUAAGGAGGGGAAGCUACAACAAUUUCUAUACCGACCCAAUGGACAGGGAGACCAGUCAAGGUCACAAGGCUAG